CUGUUUACGUGCCCACACACACCUCGGCCGCCGCCGCCGCCGCGUUGUCUGCCGUGACCGGAGGCGGCGGCGCGGCGGACCGGCAAGCGGCGGCUGGGCGGCAGUGACUCCGCGGCCGUCGGCGGAGCAGCAGCUCGGACCCGUCGGGCGGCGAACGAGCCCCGUGUCCGUGUCCGUCGGCUCGGCCGGCCGGUGCGGCGGUGUGCCGUGAUGCGAGUGCGGGUCGUUUGAGACACCUCCGCCGCUAUGUGGCCCGUGAGAAUACCGCGGUGGCGGCGCUGGCCUCUGGCCGCCGCUCUGCUGCUGACUGUGGCUGCCGGAGCGCUGCUCUCCGGACCGUGGACGGCAUCUCACGACUCCGAUCACCUGGUCUGGGGCGGCCCUGCGGCCGCCGCUGGCCCCGCUCAGCGGCUGGAGUUCUACGGCGCAGCGCGGAACCUAUUCUCGAGUGACGGCCGUCCCGUUUCUCCUAGCCCGUCUUCCGUGGGGUCUGGGGACCUGCUCUCGGUGAUAGUGUCAUCAUCAUCAGCGGCUGAGGAGCCAUCGGACGUCCCCAUACCGUCUCCCAGUCAGGAGCCGGCGCCGGCGCCGGCCGCCGACCCGCCCUCCACAAACUCCGCUCCAACUGAGGACGUUCCGCACGAGCGCGCGUUUGAUCGGUACGACCACGAGCUGGAGCGGGUCCGCCCAGAGGACGUCGAACCGCUGGCCGAGAGCUGGCUGAGGGCCCGCGAGCGCCUGUACGCCGCCCGCCGGCGCCGGCUGAAACGAGUGUGUUUGGCACGUGGAAUGGAGCUGGCGAAACAUACGACCGAGAGGAGUGUGCUGGCCAUCGGCAGCGCGGACCCCGGUGGUCCAGUCGAGACCAUCAAGGUGUCCCAUUUCACCGUGGUGCCGCCGCACAAAACGAUGGCCUGUCUGGUGAACAAGGUGGCCUCCACGUCUCUGCUCGGCACCUUUCUGAAGCUGACCGGCCACGGCGUGCCACUGUUCGAUGAGCUCAGCAGUCCACACUCGAUCGCCUCACUGCUGCACCCGACGAAGCCUGGAGAGUUCGCGCUGGCCACUAAACACUACUUCAAGUUCAUGUUCGUGCGCCACCCCCUGGAGCGUCUCAUCUCGGCGUAUGAGGACAAAGUGGUGAAGGUUGAUCACCCGAGCCUGCUGCACCUGAGGAAGUCGAUAUUCAACACCCAGGAGGACAUCCGCAUCAGGAACCGCACUUACGCGUUGCUCAGAGCAAACGCGGCCAACCGAACUGAGUUGCUGGCAGACUACGAGACUAAGCUGGCAGCAUACCGGGCCGAGGUGAAGGCUCGCCAUAACGUGCCCACCUUCGGGGAGUUCCUCGACUUUGUGCUCGCCAUGGACCCCACCGGUGACAAUUUCGACAGCCACUGGACGCCGUACUGGCGACAGUGCACACCGUGCCAUAUGCAUUAUGACGUCAUCGGUAAACUUGAGGACGGCUCAGACGACUUCAAGUACGUGUGGCAUCGAAUGAAAAUAUACGACAAAGUUAAAAUCCCGCGGAUGAACGCACUGAAGAGAAACGGUACGUCGCUGGAAGAUCACGUACGAACGUAUCUUACGCCCGUACGAGCCUCUGUCAUCUGGAAACUCCGCGCGCUGUUCAAGCUGGACUUCGAGAUGUUUGGGUACGACUGGGAGGAGAUGUUACGCUGGUCAGGUCACUGCCCCACCUCGGGAACCUGUGCGCUCGCGUAGACCAGACGCGUUCGCAUUCAACAGCAAAAACGAUGCGGUUCUGCAGCUUGACGCUGCCUUGGAAUACCAUGAUGGCGUCUUACAGCGUAAAUGCUGUGAGGUAUACGCCCCAUGAAAGCCACUCAGAAUUGUAACCUUUGAAUUGUAUAAAAGCUAUUUUAUCCUGAUUACAGACAUUCAUUUAUUGUUCGUUUGGGGGCCAAACUGUGACUACCUAUCAAACGUAUUGCAUCUCUCGUUUUGUGCCUUGAAAGAAAAAGAGAAAAAUAAUAGUGCGAUAAAUACUGGUUGGACGCAGUUAAAUAGUAUUCGUGUGAAGACUUUGAAGUGGAUGACUUGUAUUAUCAGAGGGUACACUGCAAAUUAUCGGUGCUGUGCACGUGAAUUGGUGCCGCAAGUAUCCAGCAUCGGGUGUUACAUCGUCCGCACGAGACGAACAACUUUGCUGGAAAGUGUUUUUUUUUUUUGCGUUUAUGCGGACCGAGUAGGACUGUGAGGCUUGCGGUGAAGUGUUCUACCCAUGCGUAAUCUUGUUUGCCUUGGUGUUCUUAGAUGAUGCUUUCAUGUGCUUUACAUCGAUUCAGGAACCUCAGACACAUGGGAGCGGGAGGUGCAUGUGACGCCCAUUGAGCUGUGAUAGUUUGAUAAUAAAACCUCACCACCACAGCCCUAUUUGUGCCGAGGGGGCCGCUUCCCAGUGGUUGUCUGAUCGCCUUUCACAAGCGACCUUGAAUUGGCGGUAAGCAGUCCUCGGACCGGGUGCAGCAAACAUACUUCCAACAUCCCCGGUAGGCAGGUGUCGGCUUAACCCGCGUCCCGGGGGCUUCGACAUUCCCACCCAUGUGAUGGGAGUGGUGUUUCGACACACCUUCCUAAUUCAUCCCUGCCUCUGUGCAGAGUGCCCCAUAGCAAGGAACAGACGGUGCCUGAAAGCUCGUAAAAUAGUAACACGGCAUCGCUACGGAAGGCAAUGACGUUGUACAGUGAAUUGUGGACAUACUUUAUAGUAUAUCACAUUUUUGUGAUCAAAUUGUGUCAUUUAUUGACACAACAAGCAGCACACAGAAGGGUGAUAUAACUACAUAUGGUAGCCAUACGUAUACCAGUUUCUGCCCGUGGAGUAUAAAACAAUUCUUAUCACACGCGCUACGUUCGAGACAAUGAGCACUCAUGAUGCUUACAAAGUACAAUCCUCAUACAGCACAGAAACACAGUCAACUUCAUUGCACAUGCCGCAUGGCACAAAAUUCAAGCUAUCUACCCUAUGAGCGGUAACACUGAAACACAGUUAUCACCGAUAUCACUGGCCCUGAACACUUUCAUCACUGGAACAAGAAAAUGCCCGGAUCACACAGCCCACC